AUCGCAUUGACAUUUGCAAGUGUUCAAGAAACAUCACUGGUUUCUGUCUGCAUCACCCACCCUCGUUGUCGUCCAACUGUCUUUCCCAUUCGCUUCGAAGCAAACAAAACCAUUCACUAUGCAGUUCUCUACUCUCCUCCUGUCUCUCCUCCCCGCUCUUACAAUCGCUCUCCCCACAACCGACUCGGUAGAAUCAUCUGAUGUCCUCGCUGCCGUCGAGUCCAGACAGUCAUGCUACGUGCAGUGCGGGUCGACAUGCUACACGUCGGCGCAGGUUACCGCGGCCCGCAAUGCGGGAUACAGCUACUACCAGAGCGGCGACGAGGCUGGUAGCUCGACCUAUCCCCAUACAUACAACAACUACGAGGGCUUUACGUUUUUGGUUUCCGGACCGUACCAGGAGUUUCCGCUUAAGACUUCGGGAGUGUACACUGGUGGCUCGCCUGGUGCCGAUCGUGUCAUUUUCAACACUCGGGGUCAACGCGCGGGAGAGAUUACGCACACUGGUGCUAGUGGUAACGACUUUGUUGCUUGCUCGGGUUGGUAAUUUGCAUUUCUCACAGAGUGUGAGAGUUUGAACGCAGUGGCACUUGGAAAGAGAGUGUGUGAGAUGGUCAAAACUUUGGCUGUCAUUCGAUGUGGUUAGUGGUUAAGACGCAACGAGGGAUUGCUAUAUCCUACUAUCAGGGUGCCAGUGUUAGUAUCACGGAGAUUUUAACGAAAGGAUACGAACUUUGUAUAUAUGAAUGAAACAAUUCAAGUAAGGAUCUGACAUGUCGCGACAAGAUUACA